UCACUCUCUCUCUUAUCUUUCUGUUUCUCUCCGAUGAAUCCCACAUCGACUAAAUUGCGGAAUUGUUGGUUUCUGAAGACACGCGCCACUUUGAGGGAGAGGGAGUAGGGUGUUCUUGGUUAAUUGGGAGGGAGUGGAGCGCUGUGGAUAGUUGCUAUGGCUGCUUUGCCGAGAGUGGCGUCCAGUCUGGGCACCAGUGCCAGUGGCUAUCGGUCCUCGAAGAGAGCUGCCGUGGCAGUUUCUGACCAAUUACCGGUGGAUUUGAGGGUACUCCUGGUGGACAACGACACCACUUCCUUGCGGAUUCUCGAGAUGAUGCUACGUCGGUGUCUGUAUCGCGUUACAUCUUGCUCGCAGGCUACCAUGGCUCUGAGUCUGUUGCGGGAAAGGAAAGGUUGUUUUGAUGUGGUACUGAGUGAAGUCCACGUGCCAGAUAUGGAUGGCUAUAAGCUUUUAGAAUACAUUGGACUGGAAAUGGACCUUCCUGUAAUAAUGAUGUCUGCGGAUGAGAGGACAAGCGCUGUAAUGAAGGGUAUCAGUCACGGGGCUUGUGAUUAUUUUAUUAAGCCUAUUCGUGAGGAAGCACUCAAGAAUAUAUGGCAGCAUGUUGUGAGGAAAAAAUGGAAUGAAAAUAGAGAAAUUGAACAUCCUGUACGCGUAGAAGACAAUGAUCGACAUCAAGAAGGAAAUGAAGAUAUUGAAUAUGCUCCUUCUGUUAAUAUUGAUGAGCACUUUAUUGAUAUGGAGAAAGCUGCUGAUUAUAAAUUCAAAGAAGCACAUCCAAUUGCUAGACAAUUUAAGAAAAAAGGUUGUGAAAAUUAUAGGAACCUUGGCAUUCUUUUUAACACUGGGACAGCCACUAGAGUUUUACAUCAUGCUUCAACCGUGAGUCCUUCAAACACUGACGAGGAGAAAGAGCUGGACUCCCGAUUUAGGCAGUUAGGGGUGCAAAUAUAUGUGGAUCCUGUGGAUAAGGAAGAUUCAAUGGAAGCUGGAAAAUUGGAUCCCAAGACGCAUAGUGGCAAAAGACGGACUGCGCUGCCCAACAAAGGGUCCAAGAAGGAAUCCAAGAUGAGUGCCAUAAGGGAGACACUCCACACAUUUGUCAAUGUUCAAAAUACAAAGGCUGAGAGGUUGAAGACCUCAAGUUGUGAAGCUACUAGUGCUCCUGCUGAUGAUUCCUCGGUUGUUUGUAUGCGUAUUCUUAAUGGCAUACGAUUCCCAAUGGAGGUCCGUGUGAAGGCCAUGACAAUGUUUAAAGAUGUAGAUUGGAGGAAGAUGUUUUUGGAGAUGUCGGAUGAGCUGAGAGAAGGUUGGCUGAUGAGCUUGUAGGUUGGGAUCUUGGCUGUUUGGAUGGUUUAAGUAUACUGCUCUACUGCUAAUUCUUAUCAAGUUUGUGUGUUGCUUUAAUGGUAGUUGUUAAAACUUAUUUGUGUGCUCUACUGCUACUUUCAGAGCUUUGGAUUUUUUUAUUUUAUUUUAUUGAACUAUGCUUGUGUGGACAAAUAUGUAUUAAUUUACUUGAACUUAGCAUGAUAUAUAUGUCAUGUAUGUCGAUUGGCUUCCAUGUUCAAGCUGGAUAGAAGAAUGGAAACUCUGGUUUUUGCUU